GCCUGCUCGUGUCCUCUCUGCUCAACCUAUGACGCUCUUUCUCUGUCGUUCUCGUUCCUGUUCCGUCGCCCAGCCAUCCCCCUCCCUCUCUCUUUCUCAUCUGUGCGUAGUUCCCGCGGUGGUGGUCGUCGGCGACCACGCUCCCCUUCAGCCGUGGCCAGGAGACCGGGUGCAGCCCCACCCUCCCUCGGCUCCUGCGACCGAAGCGCCGGCCCGAGCGCUCGUCCUCUUCCACUCUGACUGCCAAAUCACCCGGAUCCCGCGUCCUCUUCCACUCCGGCGACCGGAUCCCCUCGAGUUUGCGGAACACCGGAUCUGUCCAGGGCGAGGUCCUUGUCCACGGAUCCGGCCGGGAGAAAUCAUUUUCUUCAUUGUUUUCGUCGAUUUGUCUUAGGUUCAGUUCAACUAAGAAUGCAAGGUGACAAAAUGCGACAAAUGGUUGAAAAAAUGUGCAGUUCUGCCCCCAGAGAAAAAGAUGCCAUCCAACAAUAUGCAUAGUUGGGUUCCUUGGAAACAUCACCCUUGAACUUUCUGACAGCUUGGAACAGAUGCUUCCACACAUAACCUCCCUAGUUCGAUUCUUUCAUUUUGCCUAUGUUGUUUUAGUGCUUCCAAGAAUAUGUGUACUGUAGUCAUGCCUGGCAGUGGGAGCAAGCACGUGGCCCAUCACAAAAAUUGCAAAAAUGCAAUAUGCAUCUGGUGCCUUCAGAUUGUGUGUUUCUUUAUCACUGAGACAAAUAAGCAUCUUGAUCGAUCUUGAUAUAACUAGUUUCCUCAUCAGGAUAAGAUGAAUCCCACAGCUCAUGAUCAGACAACACAGCAACAAAAACCAAAUGGCCGAAGAGCAGUUGGUAGCUCGCAAACCUGGACACGGUAUGGUGUUCUGCUACCAAGCCAGCAGACACGGAAGCUAAAAGAAUGGAUUCUAACUGAUGAACAACAACAAGUAGUCAAUGCUAGUGGUCUUGGACAUCUUGCUCUUACGACAGGAUUUACCAUUGACCGUUCCUUGCUUACAGCCUUCUGUGAGAGAUGGAACAACGAAACAAAUACUGCACAUUUCAUGGGAUUUGAAAUGGCACCGUCUCUCCGUGACGUAUCAUAUAUUCUAGGAAUCCCAGUGACUGGUCAUGUGGUGACGGCAGAACCCAUCGGUGAUGAAGCUGUGAAUCGCAUGUGCUUGCAUUACUUAGGAGAGAGCCCUGGAAGCGGAGAGCAACUAUGUGGAUUGAUCAGAUUAACCUGGUUGUACAGGAAAUUCCAUCAACUGCCAGAAAACCCCACCAUCAAUGACAUUGCAUUCAGCACCCGAGCGUACCUUCUAUAUUUGGUUGGCUCCACCUUAUUUCCCGACACAAUGAGGGGAUUUGUAUCCCCAAGAUACCUACCACUUUUGGGGGAUUUCAGGAAGAUACAUGAGUAUGCUUGGGGGGCUGCAGCCCUUGCUCAUUUGUACAGAGGAUUGUCUGUUGCAGUAACACCAAAUGCUACUACCCAGUUUCUCGGGAGUGCAACUUUGCUCAUGGCUUGGAUUUACGAGUAUAUUCCUUUGACUCAACCCCAACAAAAGAAUCAGAACACGUUGCUGCCCCGGGCAUGCCGAUGGAACUUUGGAGGAACAACACGUGGGCAGAGAAAGAAAGUUAUGGAAUGGAGAAAGGAUUUCGAGCAGCUUCAGUUGUCCGAUGUCAACUGGAAUCCUUACAAGGACAUAAAUCCAGCGAUUGUUCCAGGAUAUUGCAUCGCAGCAGAUAACAUUUGCCACUCUCGGACAUGGCUAAUCAGCUUUAACAUAAAAGAGGUGUAUGUACCUGACCGGUUCAAUAGGCAGUUUGGGAGGGAGCAAGGUCGCCUCUAUCAGGUGCCAAUGUGGGCAAGAAGAACUUGGAGUAAAGGGAAAGACUGGAGGGUUGAGUAUGCUCGUGAGAUUGAUGACUUCCAUCAAUUGGUUGGUUGUCGUUUUAUCCCUUCUACGGGAGCUAAUAUAAACUCCCUCCCGAGUGAGUCUAUAGCUGGACAGAGCAGUACCAGAUGCAGCCGGAAUGCAUCUCAAAACUUCUCUAUGAUGGUGGAAGAUUUAAAGAAUGAUCUCCCGGUAAUUGAUCGUUAUCUGGAGGGACAGGUACUCCCCGUGGAGGUUGCAAGCUUCCUAGAGAGGGUGAGCAUGAUGAUCAAAACUUAUUCCCCACCGCAGAGCAAUGAAAUGAAAGAUGAAGCAGCUCAGAGCAAGAAUGUGAGAGCAAAGAAUCCAAGAAAGAGGGCGAGGAAACCUUUGGUCUCUGAAGAUCCUUCAAGCCCUCAGGACUGCGGGGUAGACCGGUAUGCAGGUGCGCUGGUGCCUUAUCAGGCUAGCAAGUGUGACAGGGUGUUGGAUGGCACCGUGCCUCUGCUAAACAGAGGGGAAGCGUUGAAGGAAAAUGAGGUGAUGGAUCCCUGGCAAAUGUCGCAUUUGACAGCAGAGUCGUCUUCGUCUGGAGACUCGAGCUUGCCGGAAUCAAGGAGGCGGAGGUGUGAGGAAUCCGGAGCCCCGAGGAGCAACCAGGGCGUCCGAAGGAGUGGAAGGAUGUGCGUGCAGCUCAAAAUGUUGAAGCACAGGGACGGGGUUGGGGCCGAGGAGACCAACCCGAUCUUCCUCUGAUAAGGGACUGACGCUGCCCGUCGUUUGGUCUUGGGCAUUGUACAAAGUAGUGGACCUGUCGUCGCGCUGCCGCAGACAGUUUACUGUUUUUUAUGUAGCGUUUGUAUGCCUUUGGUCGUGGUGACUGGUGAGUGAAAACCUGGCCUUUGGCAUGCGUACAUGAGUCGUGUAGGCUGGUGGGGCAAGGUAGAUGCCGCGCAACCUUUGUGGCGUAUGCACUGCUAUCCUUCCUCUCCAGUUAAUCUGCGGCACUUGCGUUUUGGUGAUGCUGUGCUUUGUAGA